AUGUCUGCCUGUGGGGACGACGAAUCUCGGCCACGAUACACUUUCCACCACCUCCCCCAAAAAAGCUUUCCAUCCCUGGAAAGCCGGGAGACUCGGGACCGCCUGGUCAAAUGGUCCAUGGAUGGCAGAAUCACAGCACAGGCUUUCAGCUUUGAUCAGAAUUUCAAGGGCUAUCAACAGGAAGAUUUUCUUAUGGACUUUUUUAAUCACCCAGAUGUUAACAGCAAUUUGAAAAUGCUUUCAGCCUCUGGACAAUGGACCACUUUAAAUACCAGUGUGAAGAAAGUUGAAGUGAAGAAUAUUCUGUGUACCAAAGUCUCCAUGUCAUUUUUUGACCGGUUAUACUGUGAAGGGGUUGUUCGAGAAAAUGGAUUUAUUGUCAAAUGUUUUGAUGAAUACUGUGAUGAGAUUCUAAUUGCUGAUGAGCUAAGAAAGGUACUUCUUUUGGAAGAUUCAGAUCACUAUGAUUUAUUCAGCCGUUUGGAUCGUGAGGAGUUUCUCUUCUGUCUUUUUAAGCAUCUUUGCCUUGGAGGAGCUCUUUGUCAAUAUGAAGAUGAUCUUGGUCCAUACUUAGAAACAACAAAGGCUUUAUAUAAAGACCUAGUGAGUGUUCAAACGGAUCCUGAAACUAAAGAAAUUAAUAUUAUUUCUACUGUUUUGAAAGUCUCUGCUUAUGAUGUUCAUGGCCUUUGUUAUCCCUCAUCCAGCAGCCACGAGCAAACAUUUGCCUACUUGAUCGUCAGUCCUCCGAAAAGGCACGUCUACGUCUUGUACCACUCUUUCGGUUCAAGUUUCUUCUGCAAUUGA